AUGUCUCGCGCGGCAAAAAAACGAAGAUUAGAUAAAACCCGACAGGACAGCCUAUAUUUUGAUAGCUAUUCCGAUGUGACUGUUCACGAAGAAAUGAUAGCGGACCAUGUACGAACUAACACGUACAGACGGGCCAUUCUGAAGAAUAGCGAAUCUAUUCACGGUAAGGUUGUGCUGGACGUGGGGGCAGGGACCGGCGUUUUGAGUAUGUUCUGCGUCCAAGCCGGUGCAAGAAAAGUGUACGCCGUGGAAGCGUGUUCUAUCGCGGAGCAAGCUGUGAAAAUAGUCAAACACAACAACAUGGAGGAUAAAAUUGAAGUCAUUCGAGGGACUAUUGAGACUGUGGAACUACCGGAAAUGGUGGAGGUGAUUGUGAGCGAGUGGAUGGGUUAUGCCCUCCUGCACGAAUCCAUGCUAAACUCCGUCUUGUACGCGCGCGACAAGUGGUUGAAAAAGACUGGAGGUAUUAUUCUGCCCAACAAAGCUGAACUCUUCAUCACGCCCAUUUGCGAGCCGGUGGUGGAGGACCGCUUACACUUCUGGUAUAAUGUCAAAGACCAGUACGGCGUCGACAUGUCAUGUAUGAGUGACUUUGCCAGGAAAUGUAUAAAGAACUCGGACAUUUCUGUCAGCCCGGUGACUGCCGAGGACGUGUUGUCCCACCCGGCCCGGUUCGCUGAGUUGGACCUACACACGGUCACUGUGGAGCAGCUGCAGUCAGUCAAGGGUCAUUUCAAGUGCGAGUCUUUCGGCUCGGCUUCCGUCAAUGCAUUUUGUGUCUACUUCACGGUGUCGUUCCCGUGUCCGGACAAACCGCAACCUCUCGUUCUUUCCACGUCCCCAUUCAAUCCCGAGACCCACUGGAAGCAAGCGGUUUUGUACCUGGAUGAGCCGGUGGACGUAGUUCAAGACACACCGGUGAUUGGGGAGGUCAAUGUGUACCCCUCGGAGGAAAGUGACCGACAUGUCUGCAUUCACCUUGAGUACACGAUUGGAAACCAAAAAACACACUCCAAGACUUUUUCUAUCCCUGACUGGACCUCGGAAACGCUAUCAUAG